UCGCAGCAUUGGUAGUGUUGAAUUUAGAAAUUAUGAAUUACUGAAAAGUAGAAAGUAAAAGAACUAAAUAGCGGUGUAUGCUUACGGCAUGGGUCAGCUCGUAUAGUAUAAUUAUGCAUUGCAUCAAGACAUUUAACUAUUGAGGCUACUCACAUUAUCCUUAAUUACCCCAAACUGGUUCAUACUGUGAGUUACACAAGACGUCAUUGUUUGCUACACAGAUAUUGUCUUGGAUGAUUUUUAAAGCUAUGUCUUCAAAAUCACAAACUACAUUAACAGAAGAACAAAAAGCCAGAAUAGAGCAAAACAAAAAAAAAGCUUUGCUUCUUAAGAAGGCAAGGGUAACCAAACGUCCCCAUGAGGAAGGGCCAUCCAGUGAUAUUGAGAGCAAAAUUCAUUGGACUCCAUUGGAGAUUGACACUAGAGCUGGAUUCUUUUUAGAAGAUGUGGAUACAAAAACAACAAAAACAGAUAGUAUAAAGAUCAUUCAUGAACCAGGUCCACUGAUUGAAAGUAAUUUAGUGUGUGAAGAAUGCCAAAUGAAAUUUCAAGAUUCAUACUUAUACAACAAAUUUGAUCAACCAGUGUGUGAUAGUUGUCGCGAUGAUGAAAAACAUUCUCUUAUCACAAGAACAGAUGCAAAGAGCAAUUAUUUAUUAAAAGAUGAAGAUUUUGAUAAAAGAGAGCCUCCAUUAAAAUAUAUCUUAAGAAAAAAUCCACACAAUCCAAAAUGGGGAGAUAUGAAACUUUAUCUUCAAAGUCAGAUUUGGAAACGAGUUAUGGAAGUGUGGGGAAGUGAGGAAAAGCUGGAGGAGGCUAGAGAAGAAAGGGCUGCUAAAAAAGAGAAGACAAAACAAAAAAAAUAUGAUAAAAAAUUAAAAGAAUUACGCAUGUCAGUAAGGAGUAGCUUGUGGCGGAAAGAUCUCUCAGGUCAUCAACAUGAGUAUGGUGAUGAGGUUUAUGAUGAAGAUAAAGAUAGCUAUUCUAAGACUUGUUCAUCUUGUGGUCAUGAGUGGACAUAUGAAAAAAUGUAAAUUGGUUUUUGUUGUGUAAAUGUUAUAGUUGGGCAUUAGCAGUAAUACUUUUUGAUGCAUUUUUGGUCUCAUAACCCUUGUAUUUGUAUGGCAUUCAUUGUAUUUGUAUGGCAUUUGUAAAACAAUUUUUAUGUAACUAUGUGUACAUUGAAGUCGUAGAACAGUGAAUCUGAUCUUAGCCAUUUAGCAUAAACAUUAUAUUUAAGAGGCAUUAAAUGUACAUUUUCCCUGUUAAGAUACACAUUUUUCUAUUGUUUUUUAGGCAUUACAUUUGCAUUUUGUCUGUUAAAUUAUACACUAUUUUUAUAAUUAAUAUUAAU